AUCAGGUAUCGAAAGAUCACCGAAUGACUAACUCGCUACGAGCCUCUUCACCGUUGCGGGAAUAAUUACCACGUAUGAGAUUAAUCAUCCUUGAUUGGGCGAUUACUUGGACGCGAACUGGACCUGAAUGAGGAAAAGGUCUACCGCGUUAAUUUUAAAAUAACAAGAAGCCAACGAUGUGUCCAAUUUAAAUUCCCCCGGGUACUGCUCCACUUUUCGAUUUUCGGAUUUGUGCACUUUAUGACGUGGUAGUUUAAAUCAAAUUUGUGAUACGUAAAGGAAGCCUCGAUUCGUUAGUUUGAAUGGAUUACGGAACAGCGAUAUAUAAUGCGAUUCCUCAUAGACUGCAGUGGCUAACCAUGUAGAGUAAAAUGGCGAUUGACAUUAAGUUCACAAAGUUCGACAACACACCAUGGGGCUUUCGUCUAGCGGGCGGCAGUGACUUUCCGCAACCAUUAACAGUCAUUAGAGUAACGGAAGGCAGCCUCGCGGAGUGCAUGGGACUUCGAGUAGGUGAUAUUGUUGUCAGAUUGAAUGAUCAGCCCAUCAGCAGUUACACUCACGGAAGGGCCCAGGAAGCUUUGGUAUUAGCGGGAAACAACUUUGUCUUGGGUGUUCUCAGGAGUGAAGACAGUGAGAAAGUCAUCGAAGCCAUUCAGCAGGAAAACAUCGUCCCCUAUAAUAUUCCACUUGAGGAACUAAAACCCGUCUAUUCUCCGGAAGUGCCAGAAGAAUCUGUACCUGAACCUUGCACGACCGAAUUUUCGGAAUCUGAAAGAAUGUCCGAAACUCCGGAAAAAGUUGUAGAUCCUGACGAAGAAGCACUCAUGAGCAAACCUAUGGACGCAAACAGCGAGGUUGUGGCGAAUAAAAAUUUAACAGACGAAGAAAUAGCUCAGCUGAUCCUCGAGGAGGAAGAAUUGUUGCCGGAACAGGGGGUUCUCGGAGUUAACUUUAAAAAGCUCAGACCCCGAGCCGCGCUGCUGAAAGAGUCUAAAGUCCUGGAGGAACUCCAAAAAAUCGAGACGGCGGACCCUCCUCAGGUUCAGGAACUGAAACGCUCCACAACUUUCCUCCAGAAGCCUCAACGACCCCCACCUCUGCCUAAGACAGAACCGGAACAGCCGAAGGGCGAGCAAUAUCGCGUCGUGAUCCAGAAGCAGAAAAAGAAGAGCUUCAUCGAACGGCUCACAGAAAAAGGGCUUCUUGGCCCGAUUCCCUCGCCGGAGCCGCCGUCCCAGAAGACCACACCUGCACCAACGCCAACGGCGACACCAGAACCUCCAGUUUGUAAUUCCGAAGAAGAAUUAUCGCGACCAGAAUCAAAGGCUGACGGGAUGACGGAAGUUAUCGAAGAAAUUACUGAGGUUGUUGAGUGGGGCGAUUGCGGGGAGCAAGAUUCUGUUCGAACCGAAGAAAUAACUUGCGAAACUCAUGAAUCAGAGAUAAGUAUUGAACAAAUAUCUGUGCCCAAAUUCGACAAAGAAAAGAUGAAAGAGCUGGUGACCACAGAGCUGAAUCUCGAGAAGCAAUUGGAAAGCGUACAGAGCCAACUACUAGCUCUCAAGCAAUUGCCCAGCGAGAUAGAAACACAUUUAAGAAUCGUUUCGGAACAACUGUACAAAAUAAUGGAACUCAGCGGAGUGAGUAAAGACAGUCUGAGCAGUAGUCGUCUAGCAUCAGAGCAAAAUUCCGAAGUGACCAAGGAAAUAACCGAGGGAGACUACUCGGAACAGGUAGAGGACGAACAAAGUUUGAUGAUCGACGAAGAGCAUCACUAUGAAGAAAUUAUCGAUGACAUAAGGGAGAAUGGAGAAGAGGAAAAUAGAGACGAAGAUCAAAGUCACGGGGAUGAGAAGCCUAGUGCGGCACCGUCCGAAGCUGACGAUGUUCCAAAGAUAGUCGAGCCUGUCGAAGAGAUAGAGGUGAAGGACGAUAGGGUAAAGAAAUUUGUCAUAUCCUACGAGACGCAGAUCAUAAGAUCGAGAGAUGCAAGUCCAGCAUUAUCCGACAGGAGCUUUAAACCAGACCCGAACUUGUCGCCAAAAGAUCAAGUCAUACAAGAAUUACAGCAAAAACAGGGGAGAAAACACUCGAAAGACCUCUGGCCCCAGGCUAAACAGGUCGAGCUAACCUACGGGAGGAGGUGGAGGUGUCCGAAUGACUUUUUCAAUGACGAAAUGAUCGCCGAGGUUUUAUCUUCCCAAGCCGAAGUUCUAAACGGCCGAGCGCUUGGGAUAAAUUUCAAGAAAUACGAGAAAACAAACCUGCCGAACUACGACCACCUGAUGAAUUCUUCGGCUUAUAAAAUGAUCCACAAAAUGGAGGCAGAACCGCAAAAAGGGAUCCCGGUUCGACCAGCCAAGGUUAUCGCGGCGGAAGAUAUCCUCGAACGAGUCAAAUCACCAACUCCCAGUGUUAUAGAGGAUCAAACUACCGAGCGCACAACGAUCACCGAUAAUUAAAUUUUUACGGAUAAUACUAUAAUAUAAUGAAUAGAAUUCUAACCAUACAAAUAUAAUAAAUUACAGUAAGUAAGUGGCCGAGUCGCUUGUUUCGAGUAAGAAUUUACUAGAUAAGGAAAAAUAAAUGAAAUAAAAUGUAAACUUAGCUUGAUAGUAAUUAAACUUACUGUACGAUAAAAUCAUUUUACUGUAUAAUAUUUAUUGC